AUCUAAUGUGACUAAUGAGAACCAGAAAAACCCUAUCCCCAGUUCCGGUUAUAACCUCCAGAGAAAAUCAUCCAAUUUUAAUGCCAAUUUUCAGAAAGGAAAUACAAACCAACGGUCAUAACUGUCACACUAUUGUUACCAAACAAUCUUCCUUCCAAUUCAAUGGCACUUUCCUUCUUCUCUGCUUCUGCUUCACUUCCAUUGCCCAAACAUCAUCCUCUCAUUUCUACUCCCCAAAAUCUCCCUAGAAAGAGAAAUCGGCGACUCAUUUGCCGAUCAAGCAGUGAUUCCGACGAGGAUUAUUUGCUGGAUGCUCCAGUUUCGAUUGGAGAUGGAUUUUCCUUUAGUGGGGGGAAAUAUUCAGACGAGCCAAGCCCUGCUGAUGAAUGGUUCAAGCAAGGAAAGAUUGUGAAAGCACACCCUGUUGGUGGCACCGGUGAGAAGGCCAAGGAUCCAAUUUUCGGGCUAGCUAUGGCCGGUUCUUCGCAGGCCUCAACCGAUCUGUUCAGAUGGUUCUGCGUUGAGAGUGGAACUCCUGGUAAUCACUCAGUGAUUUUAAUUCAUGGUUUUCCGUCACAGGCAUAUUCAUAUCGCAAGGUUCUACCCAUUCUAUCUAAGAAUAAUCAUGUAAUUGCUUUUGAUUGGCUAGGAUUUGGAUUUUCAGAUAAACCCCAACCCAGAUAUGGCUUUGACUACACUUUGAAAGAAUAUGUAGAUUCCUUGGAGUCUCUCAUCAAUGAACUCUCAAAGGAUAAGGUUACCCUUGUCGUCCAGGGAUACUUUUCACCCGUCGUGGUCAAAUAUGCUAAAGAUCACCAGGAAAAGCUUAAUAAUCUCAUCCUACUAAAUCCUCCGCUGACAGUGAAACAUGCCAACCUGCCAUCAACGCUUUCCAUAUUCAGCAACUUUUUGUUAGGAGAAAUAUUUUCUCAGGAUCCUCUACGAGCCAGUGAUAAAGCCUUGACAAGCUGCGGUCCUUAUCAGAUAAAGGAAGAAGUUGCAAUGGUCUAUAGAAGACCAUACCUCACAUCAGGUUCUUCUGGAUUUGCUCUGAAUGCCAUUAGCAGGUCCAUGAAAAAGGAGCUAAAGGGAUAUGUAGAAGAUAUGAGAGGAAUCCUUAGGGAUGAGACGUGGAAGGUCCGAACAAGCGUUUGCUGGGGCGAAAGGGAUCGCUGGUUAAGUUUCGAAGGCGUGGAAGAUUUCUGCAGAGAAGCCAAGCAUCAACUCAUCAAACUCCCCAUGGCAGGGCAUCACGUGCAGGAGGAUCGCGGCGAGGAAAUAGCGAAUAUCAUUGCCGGAAUCCUAAGCAAACCAACAACUAUAUCAUAUUAGUAAAAUUUAUCUAUCAUCAGACUUCAUGGUUUUUUUUUUUAAUUAUUAUUAUUAGUAUCUUGAUCAAACUGGUGAUAAUCGGCAUGCAGUCAGAGAAGAACUUUUUUACUUCUCUUUUUUACGAUUUUCUGUAUGAUUCUUCUAUUAUUGAUUGAAAUGUUUGGCACAACGUGCUGAUUGGUGUACA